GAAGAUGCUCAAGCUGUGGCUGAGGUGCUGCCACCACUGAGGCAUUGUCUGUGUGCUGAACGGAGCAAGCAGAGCAGUCCUGACCUGGCAAUACACGAAUGGCCCAGGGAAGCCACCAGAUUGACAUUCAGGUUUUGCACGACCUGCGCCAGAAGUUCCCUGAAGUUCCAGAGGGUGUUGUGUCCCAGUGUGUUCUGCAGGUGAGUCUGGGGUCUCCUCAUUUUCAAUCCAUUAGUUAUAUAUAUUGUAACACAAGUUCUCAUAAAAAAUGACUGAUUUUAACCUUAUCUUUUCCUCAGAAUAACAACAAUUUGGACGCCUGUUGUGAGUACCUGUCUCAGGUAAGCCUAGGCUACUUGUACAGCAAAGGAGGCAACCUUAACUACACCGACGACCCCAGCUUCAUCAGGUUCCGGAAUCCCAUGACCCAGCUGAACCUGGGCCUGCAGUCUCAGUCUCAGAAUGUGCAUGCGACCCCGGGAAGGGACGGCCUGAGGAUGAACGGCAGCAGGACACUGUCCCACAGCCUGAGCCUGAGUGACGGGCCCCUCCAGACAGGACAGCCCCCGAACAGUGACUUCUUCCAGCAGGAGCCCCAGUCAGCCCCGGUGGAGGUGCCCUCCAGCCUCAAUGUGUUUGGCGUGAUGGAGCCUACGCGCAAGACCCAGCCGCCCCAGCACCUGGGACUCUACCAGCUGGGGGGGAAAGGACAGUCCAUGGGCCAACAUGGCCAGCAGAUUCCCCGCUUCAACCCCAUCACCGUCACCCUGGCCCCCAACAUCCAGACGGGUCGCAACACCCCCACCUCUUUGCACAUACACGGCGGGCCCCAUACACAGUCCGGCCUGAGCAGUCCACAGGGUAACUCUAUCUACAUAAGGCCUUACGUGACCCAGUCUGGCGGUACGACCUGGCAGAGCCAGCAGCAGCUUCAGCAGCAGGCGGGCAGGGCCCAGUACAGCCCCACCUCCCAGCCCCAGCAGCAGAUCUACCAGAUCUCCCAUCCCACCUCACUGCCUGGCUCCUGGACAGGCCCUUCCUCCCAGCAGCACCAGCACAGCUCCUCACAUACCUCACAGCACCAGUCACAGGGCCACCAGACGUCCCAUGUCUACAUGCCCAUCAGCUCCCCCACCAACCCACAGGCCCCCUCCUCUAUCCUCCAGGCCCCCUCUGGAGGUCAGGGCUGCUCUUCUGGUGCUUCCUCCUCUGGCAUGCCCUCUGGCAUGCCCUCCUUCAGUCAGUACAACAUCCAGAACAUCUCCACCGGACCGCGCAAGAACCAGAUAGAGAUCAAACUUGAAUCUCCUCAGAGGAGCAACUCUACCACGACCACGGCCGUGCUGCGCACCAGCAGUGGCCCCCGCUCCAACUCCUCCACCUCCUCCUCCUGCCCCUCAUCCUCCUCCUCUGUCGGGGCAGCCCCUGGCCCAACCACCACCCCCCUGUCCAUCGGAGGCCCAGGUCUGAGCCGCAGCCAGCCCACUGUUUACAUCUCUGCCAGCCCGCCCACUGUUGCUGCUACCACCCCCUCUGACGAGGCCAUCAUGGCCUCAUCCGGCUCUCGCUCCCAGCCCAAGUUUUACAUUACUGCUAAUAACGAUGACGGUGGGGGCAGAAACCCUCCAACCGUCUACAUCUCUGCUCAACCACCUCCGCACGGGUCCCAGGGGCCCCGGAAUAUGGGGGGCCAGGUGAGCAUGGGCCCCGCCUACAUCCACCACCACCCACCCAAGUCCCGCGCGUCUAUAGGAGGGGCAGGCACGGCCACCUCGCCCCGAGUGGUGGUCACCCAGCCCAACACCAAGUACACUUUCAAAAUCACCGUGUCCCCCAACAAGCCCCCAGCGGUAUCCCCCGGCGUCGUGUCCCCCACCUUUGAGGCUACCAACCUCCUUAGCCUCCCCUCGGACCACCAUUUUGUGGAGCCGGACCCACAUCAUCUCUCAGACCCGCUGUCAGUACACAGGGAGAGGCCCAGCGAGCCACGCAGGCUCAGCAUGGGCUCAGACGACGCAGCAUACACACAAGGUGAGACCAGAUUAGGGUUACUAAACUCUCUCAUCUGUUAGUUGCUUUGCGUUGUCGACGGUCACAGUCUAUGGAAGUAUAUAAACACACCAGGAUACAGUUUGUUGUGCAAUUCUUAGGUUGAACUAUGGUAUCCCUCAGUCACAUGAAGAUCAAGUUGUGCAACAAAAGUCAAGUGGCCAUAUAUAACAUCCACUUACAAAGUAUAAUGGUUGAAAGAGGCUGCAGGAACUUUUAAGAGAGUAACUUGCCCUCAUAACAAUAAGGAAUAGUAUACAUUUUUGUCCACCAGUAGUAAAUUAUUUUUCACUGCAUUCUGCCAAGAAAGUAAUUUGACUAUUGCGUAUCGUUUAUGCCUGGUUUUAACUUGGAUUUCCAUAUGAUGACACUAAUGCAUUUUUAAAACCAAAUUGUGUAGACACUGGUCUCAUUAAAAAGCUAUCGGUCUUAAAACCCUGCUUCAUCUAAGCCUGAUUUGAGGGAGUAGAUACAUUCUUAAAGGUGACUCGCAUGGAGAGGGGUGUGACUGCAGCAUGAGUCGGCUGCAAUAAUGCUGGAUUUACGCUGACAGCCCUUUGACUGCGGCAGUGUGAGUCAAAUGUGUUGGAGCGCAGUGUUUCCUUUUUUGGACUUUUGACUGGAUUACGUGUGAGUCAGUGCCUGUGGCCCUCGCUAGGCGCUCACUCAUGCUGCUGUGAUGACUGUGGGGCUUCUCUUCUCUCUCCAAGGCCCUGAGCCUGGGUCUUCUGCCCCUUAUCUCUCACUGCAGGCAGCCCUCUCCAUGCAUUCCUCUCUGGCUCACAUGACAUUCCCAGUUUGGCUUGGCCUGGUAUUGUUUUUGUUGUUUACUUUGGUAUUUCUGUGCAUGGGGGGGUAGUAGUUCUUGAGGUGAAAGGUUUAUGUAGGCCUAGACUGUCACUGUAUGUUACAAUUAGAAAAGCAGGGACAGCUCAUUUCCGUAUAGCAUAUAGCAUUUUAUGAAUACAUAAUAAGACAAUAUAAUACUUCUUAUGAAGCGUUAUAAGCUAUGUUUUUCCCAGGAUUAAUGUUGAAUCCCCCAAAAGCCCUUUCUGAAGUAGGCCAUGAAAUGAAGAACGAUUAUGCAACUGUAUGAUUCUUACUCAGGAAAAGUGAAGAAAAAGCAGCCAACAAGUGCUCAGCAUAUGUGGGAACUCCUUCAAGACUGUUGGAAAAGCAUUCCAGGUGAAGCUGGUUGAGAGAAUGCCAAGAGUGGGCAAAGCUGUCAUCAAGGCAAAGUGUGGCUAUUUAAAGAAUCUCAAAUAUAAAAUAUAUUUAGAUUUGUUUAACACUUUUUUGGUUUCUACAUGAUUCCAUAUGUGUUAUUUCAUAGUUUUGAUGUCUUCACUAUUAUUCUACAAUGUAGAAAAUAGUAAAAAUAAAGAAAAACCCUUGAAUGAGUAGGUGUUCUAAAACUUUUGACCGGUAGUGUACGUUUUAUGGCUUUUCAACCUAUGCCAUAUCGUGGAUUCAAAGCUAUCUAUCUAAUAGAACUCAGAGGGUUUUCUUUAAUGGAAGCUUCUCUAAUGUUGAACAUGUAGGGUGUGGUGUACCGCAGGGUAGUUCUUUAGGCCCUCUACUUUUUUCUAUUUUUAUCAAUGACAUGCCACUGGCAUUAAACAAAGCCUGUGUGUCCAUGUAUGCUGAUGAUUCAACCAUAUACUGUACUUGUCAGUAACCACAGCUAAUGACGUCACUGAAACGCUUAACAAGGAGUCAGUUUUGGAAUGGGUGCCAGUAAUAAACUGGUCCUGAACAUCUCUAAAACUAAGAGCAUUGUAUUUGGUACAAAUCAUUCCUAAGCUUUAGACCUCAGCUAAAUUUGUUAAUGAAUGGUGUGGCUGUUGAACAAGAUGAGGAGACUAAAUUACUUGGUGUUACCUUAGAUUGUAAACUGUCAUGGUCAAAACAUACAAAUUCAAUGGUUGUAAAGAUGGGGAGAGGUCUGUUCGUAAUAAAGAGAUGUUCUGGUCUGUGGUCACCACCUGCACACUCCACAACACACUCCACAAAGCUAGUCCUGCAGGCUCAAGUUUAGUCUUAUCUUGAUUAUUGUCCCGCCAUGUGGUCAAGUGCUGCUAAGAAAUACCUAGUUAAGCUGCAGCUGACCCAGAACAGAGCAGCACAUCUUGCUCUUCAUUGUAAUUAGGGGGCUAAUUCGGAAAGUAUUCAGACCCCUUGACUUUUUCCAUAUUUCGUUACGUUACAGCCUUAUUCUAAAAUGGAUUAAAUAGUUUUUUUCCCUCAUCAAACUACACACAAUACCCCAUAAUGACAAAGCAAAACUGGUUUCCAGAAAUUUUAGAACAUGUAUUUAAAAAUAUAUAUCUGAAAUAUCACAUUUACAAAAGUAUUCAGACCCUUUACUCCGUACUUUGUUGAAGCACCUUUGGCAGCGAUUACAGACUCGAGUCUUCUUGGGUAUGACGCUACAAGCUUGGCACACUUGUAUUUGGGGAGUUUUUCCUAUUCUCUGCAGAUCCUCUCAAGCUCUGUCAGGUUGGAUGGGGAGCGUUGCUGCACAGCUAUUUUCAGGUCUCUCCAAAGAUGUUCAAUUGUUUUCAAGUCCGGGCUCUAGCUGGGCCGCUCAAAUACAUUCAGAGACUUGUCCCGAAGCCACUUCUGCGUUGUCUUGGCUGUGUGCUUAGGGUCGUUGUCCUGUUGGAAGGUGAACCUUCGCCCCCAGUCUGAGGUCCUGAGUGCUCUGGAGCAGGUUUUCUUCAAGGAUCUCUCUGUACUAUGCUCCGUUCAUCUUUGCCUCGAUCCUGACUAGUCUCCCAGUCCCUGCAGCUGAAAAACAUCCCCACAGCAUGGUGUUGCCACCACUAUGCUUCACCGUAGGGAUGGUGCCAGGUUUCCUCCAGAUGUGACGCUUGGCAUUCAGGCCAAAGAGUUCUUGGUUUCAUCAGACAAGAGAAUCUUGUUUCUCAUGGUCUGAGAGUCUUUAUGUGCCUUUUGGCAAACUCCAAGCGGGCUGUCAUGUUCCUUUUACUGAGGAGUGGCUUCCGUCUGGCCACUCUACCAUAAAGGCCUGAUUGGUGGAGUGCUGCAGAGAUGGUUGUCCUUCUGGAAGGUUCUCCCAUCUCCAAAGAGGAACUUUAGAGCUCUGUCAGAGUGACCAUCGGGUUCUUGGUCAACUCCCUGACCAAGGCCCUUCUCCCCCGAUUUCUCAGUUUGGCCGGGCGGCCAGCUCUAGGAAGAGUCUUGGUGGUUCCAAACUAAUCCCAUUUAAGAAUGAUGGAGGCCACUGUGUUCUUGGGGACCUUCAAUGCUGCAGAAAUGUUUUGGUACCCUUCCCCAGAUCUGUGCCUCGACACAAUCCUGUCUCGGAGCUCUACGGACAAUUCCUUUGACCUCAUGGCUUGGGUUUUGCUCUGACAUGCACUGUCAACUGUUGGACCUUAUAUAGACAGGUGUGUGCCUUUCCAAAUCAUGUCCAGUCAAUUGAAUUGACCACAGGUGGACUCCAAUCAAGUUGUAGAAACAUCUGGGUCUGAAUACUUAUGUAAAUAAGGUAUUUCUGUUUUCGUUCUGUCAUUAUGGGGUAUUGUGUGUAGAUUGCUGAGGACUUUUAUUUAUUUAAUUCAUUUUAGAAUAAGGCUGUAAUGUAGCAAAAUGUGGAAAAAGUCAAGGGGUCUGAAUACUUUCCGAAGGCACUGUAAAUACUAUGCAUGCCAGUCUCUCUUAGCUAAGAGUUGAGGAGAGCCUGACUGCAUCACUUCUUCUUUUUAUAAGAAACAUUAAUGUGUUGAAAAUUCCAAGUUGUUUGCAUAGUCAACUUACGCACAGCUCUGACACACACACUUAUCCCACCAGACAUGCCACCAGGGGUCUUUUCAUAGUCCCAAAAAUCCAGAACAAAUUCAAGAAAGCGUACAGUAUUAUAUAGAGCCAUUAUUGCAUGGAACUCCCUUCCAUCUCAUAUUGCUCAAAUAAACAGCAAACCUGGUUUAAAAAAAUAGAUAAAGCAACACCUCACGGCACAACGCCUCUACCCUGUUUGACCUAGAUAUUUUGUAUUGAUAAGUAGGCUAUGUGUGCUGUUUUUAAAUGUAUGUAGUUCUGUCCUUGAGCUGUUCUUGUCUAUUCAUCUUCUGUAUUAUGUCAUGUUUCAUGUUCUCUGUGGACCCCAGGAAGAGUAGCUGUGGCUUUCACAACAGCUAAUGGGGAUCCUAUUAAAAUACCAAAAACCUAAAGGAGGGUAGCUCUUCAGGAACAGGAUUGGAGAGCACUGGUCUAAGCCAUCAGUCUGUCCCCAUGUCAGUGUUUUUGUGUUAAUGUGUACUAUGUAUCUUGCAGCCCUGUUGGUUCACCAGAAGGCCCGUAUGGACCGGCUGUGGCAUGAGCUGGAGCUGAAGAAGAAGAAGCUGGAGAAGCUAAAAGAGGAGGUCAACGAGAUGGAGAACGAUCUGACCAGGAGACGGCUAGAACGAUCCAACUCCCAGUCCCAAAUCCCCUCGGUAAGGCCCCACAGACACUACUCUCCCAGCUACUGUCACAGGAGGUUGGUGGCACCUUAAUUGGGGAGAACAGGCUUGUGGUAAUGACUGGAGCGGAAUAAGUGGAAUGGUAUCAAAUACAUCAAACACAUGGUUUCCCGGUGUUUAAUGCCUUUCCAUUUGCUCAGUUCCGGCCAUUAUUAUGAGCCGUUCUCCCCUCAGCAGCCUCCUGUGUGCUGUAUUCAUGCGUUUAGUUUGUUCUAUUUUGUUUACUAUAGAUUUAGCUGCAUAUUAUCUUCAUAGAUAUCCGACUUGAUAAGAAAUUACUUCAAAUGGGUACGGUAUGUUUUACAUUUUGCUCAGUCUUAGUAGAGAUCCAUGGCAAUUUGACUUCACAAUUCACUCCUACGUCACAUGGUGUAUGUUUCUAAGGAAUCCAUGAUUCUUUGGGGCAAUUAAAAAAAACACACACACACACACUUCCUCCUCAUGUUUUCACCCAACGUCAUGUUUACGUUAAGCGUGCAGCUGUGAGUUUGUUGAAAUACACUGCUCAAAAAAAUUAAGGGAACACUUAAACAACACAAUGUAACUCCAAGUCAAUCACACUUCCGUGAAAUCAAACUGUCCACUUAGGAAGCAACACUGAUUGACAAUAAAUGUCACAUGCUGUUUUGCAAAUGGAAUAGACAACAGGUGGACAUUAUAGGCAAUUAGCAAGACACCCCCAAUAAAGGACUGGUUUUGCAGGUGGUGACCACAGACCACUUCUCAGUUCCUAUGCUUCCUGGCUGAUGUUUUGGUCACUUUUGAAUGCUGACGGUGCUUUCACUCUAGUGGUAGCAUGAGACGGAGUCUACAACCCACACAAGUGGCUCAGGUAGUGCAGCUCAUCCAGGAUGGCACAUCAAUGCGAGCUGUGGCAAGAAGGUUUGCUGUGUCUGUCAGAGUAGUGUCCAGAGCAUGGAGGCGCUACCAGGAGACAGGCCAGUACCGAGAUGAGAUCCUCAGACCCCUUGUGAGACCAUAUGCUGGUGCGGUUGGCCCUGGGUUCCUCCUAAUGCAAGACAAUGCUAGACCUCAUGUGGCUGGAGUGUGUCAGCAGUUCCCCAGACCUGAAUCCAAUUGAGCACAUCUGGGACAUCAUGUCGCGCUCCAUCCACCAACGCCACGUUGCACCACAGACUGUCCAGGAGUUGGCGGAUGCUUUAGUCCAGGUCUUGGAGGAGAUCCCUCAGGAGACCAUCCGCCACCUCAUCAGGAGCAUGCCCAGGCGCUGUAGGGAGGUCAUACAGGCACGUGGAGGCCACACACACUACUGAGCCUCAUUUUGACUUGUUUUAAGGACAUUACAUCAAAGUUGGAUCAGCCUGUAGUGUGGUUUUCCACUUUCAUUUUGAGGGUGACACCAAAUCAAGACCUCCAUGGGUUGAUAAAUUUGAUUUCCAUUGAUAAUUUUUGUGUGAUUUUGUUGUCAGCACAUUCAACUAUGUAAUGAAAAAAGUAUUUAGUAAGAUUAUUUCAUUCAUUCAGAUCUAGGAUGUGUUAUUUUAGUGUUCCCUUUUUGAGCAGUGUAUAUCAGACCGCAAAAUCAAGUGGUGCUUUGAGUUUUCUGUUGAAUCAGCUGUUUUUGUCAGCUAUCACUGUGUGUUAGUCAGGGGAGGAACAAGGGGGCAUGGAAGGUAAAGUUAAAAGUCUGGAGUUGAGCUCAGUAGCUCUUGUGUUGUGUAUUCUGUAUAUUCACUAGGCCAGAGAGAUCUGGAGAGCCCACUUGGCUCCUUGCACCUCCAUUGACGUAUGAUAGGCUUGUGUUGUGUGUCAGGACAGUAUAGCUUGUGCCUAGACUUAGUUAGUCUCUCUACUCCUCCACUCUGUCUCUUCAGCAGUCUGGAAAUGGCGGUUUAUAUGACCCUGAUUCAUUCUCUCUUAUCAGAUUGAGGAAAUGCAGCAGUUGCGAUGCAAAAACAGGAUACUGCAGAUCGACAUUGACUGCUUAACUAAAGAAAUCGAUCUCCUUCAAACAAAAGGUAGGAGGCUCGUUUAGUUUUGUGGGUCUGCUUGUCAGUGUGCUUGUCAGUAUUGUGAUGAAUGUAACACCAGCUCUCUGUGUGUGGUGUGCAUACAUGUGCUUGUACGUCCAGUGUGCUUAUGGUGUACUGUGGUGUUUUAACAUGCAGUCUUUUGCAAUGCAAGGAAGCUUUAGGUUCAGGUUCAGCCUGGUACUCAUGUUUAGUAGUGUUUGUGUAUUCUGUAAUGGGGAACGUACAGUGUAGCAGAGCGAGGCAGAGACGGGGAACAUGACUUGUGGAGUGUACAGUACAGCUAUAUUAUUAUUAUUAUUAGUAGUAGUAGUAGUAGUAGUAGUAGUAGUCGUAGUCGUAGUCGUAGUAGUAGUCGUCUGGUCACAUCCCCUCGGCACACGCAGUCAAGGUGCUGCCAUUGUGGUGUUAACUACCAGUUGUUUCCUCAAUUGCAUCCUCUUGCUGCUUGGUAAAAAGGGAUUUAUAGGCCCCCUGGCAGCUCUCCAUGGUUGACAGGAUUUAAUACACCAGCUAGCACAGUCACACAGGUGAAACACAGAAAAACAAAAGUGCCUCAGAAAUUAAUAGUGCCUCUUACUGAAACCAACAGACAACUAUGUUAGGAGUAAAGUGUUUUGUGUUUGUUUUCUGAGUUUAUUUGUUUUUGUGGUAUAGGCCUAUAACGUAAGGUGUUGGACUGCAGUGUUUGACUUUAAAUCAAAUCAAAUCAAAUUGUAUUUGUCACAUGCGCCGAAUUCAACAGGUGUAGACCUUACAGUGAAAUGCUUACUUACAAGCCCUUAACCAACAAUGCAGUUUUAAGACUGGGUCUGUACUUAGGUCUGUAUGUGUGACUGGUACAUGUAUGUUCAUAUGUUAUACUGAUGCUCACUAUUUCAAUUUAGCUUAUGAUGGCUUUGGUGCAGUCUCUGUCCUGUAUUGCAAUCUCUUGUUUCGGUUUGUUGCAGGACCACACUUUAAUCCCAGUGCCAUUCAUAACUUCUAUGACAACAUUGGAUUCCUAGGUCCUGUCCCACCCAAACCCAAAGGUACUUUAUCUGUUGGUAAGUUUAGAUAAGGUUGUACGGUCGCCUCUUCUGCUUCCACUUCCAUCUGUCAUUUUUUGGUGUUAAACUUUGUCAUAAAUUAAUAUCUAUUGGUAAUUGGGCUUUAGAUCGGUACUUGUGAUGGUUUCUAACAGGUAUUUAUUUAUUGAUAUCCUGGUCAAGUCUGCAUUGAUUAGAUGAUUCUCAUCACAGCAUGUAUUCUUUCAUCUUAAGUGUUUUCAUUCAAUUAUCUGUAAAACCUGGCAUUGUUAGUGUUUUCAUUCAUACAUGCUGUAUUUUUCACCUCUGCAUCUGUCAUCUUUGUUUCCCUGCCAUUCCUCUCCUACAUAUCUUCCUUCCUUCCCUUCAUCCUGUGCUUGGGACCUGUCAGAGCCAGAGGGCCUGGGGACAGACAGGAGAACAUUUAAUGUUACCUCCACCCUAACCAUGGAACCCUCCUCUGCCCCUCCUCCCCCUGCUGCUCUCCCUCUGGGUUGGUACCUGUAGCUCUGUCUGUCUCUCUCUCAGUUUUUCUGUCUCUGCCUGUCCCUCUGUCCGUCCUUCUGUCCCUUUGUCUGUCCCUCUGGGUUGGUACCCGUAGCUCUGUCUGUCUGUCUGUCCAUCUGUCUGUCCCAGGGGUCCAACCUCUCCCCUUCCCACCUUCAUACUGGGUAGGCUCUGUGUUCUUCCCAUCCACAAACGUGGUGAUCCCUGCAAUCUAAAUAAUGGUCACCCAAUCUCAGAACUUUCAUGUUUAGCGAAAAUAUUAGAACUCUUGGUAAAUUCUCAGCUGCAGUCCUUUUUAGAUAUAAAAUGUAUUCUGAAUGCUCACCAGUCAGGCCUUAGGCCAGGACACUGCACCAUCUCGGCUGCUUCUCUAGUCAUAAAUGACAUACAACGCCUUCAGAAAGUAUUCAUAUCCCUUCACUUAUACCACAUUUUGUUGUGUUACAGCCUGAAUUCAAAAUUUAUUAAAUGUAUUAUUUUUCUGACCCAUCUACACACAAUACACCAUGAUGACAAAGUUAAACAUGUUUUUAGAAUAUUUUUCAAAUGUAUUGAAAUACAGAAAUAUCUCAUUUACAUAAGUACUCACACCCCUGAGUGAAUACAUGUUAGAGUAACAUUUGGCAGCGAUUACAGCUGCGAGUCUUUCUGGGUAAGUCUCUAAGAGCUUUGCACACCUGGAUUGUACAAUAUUUGCACAUGAUUAUUUUUACAAUUCUUCAAGCUCUGUCAAGUUGGUUAUUGAUCAUUGCUAGACAGACAUUUUCAAGUCUUGCCAUAGAUUUUCAAGCUGAUUUAAGUCAAAACUGUAACUACGCCACUCAGGAACAUUCAAUGUAGUCUUGGUAAGCAACUCCAGUGUUUUAGGUUAUUGUCCUGCUGAAAGGUGAAUUUGUCUCCAAGAGUCUGUUGGAAAGCAGGCUGAACCAGGUUUUCCUCUAGGAUUUUGCCUGUGCUUAGCUCUAUUCCAUUUAUUUUUAUCCUAAAAAGCUCCCUAGUCCUUGCCGAUGACAAGCAUACCCAUAACAUGACGCAACACCACACUGUUUGAAAAUAUGAAUAGUGGUACUUAGUGAUGUGUUUUGUUGGAUUUGCCCCAAACAUUAUGCUUUGUAUUCAGGACAUAAAGUUCAUUUCUUUGCCACAUUUUUUGCAGUUUUACUUUAGUGCCUUAUUGGAAACAUGAUGCAUGUUUUGGAAUAGUUGUAUUCUGUACAGGCUUCCUUCUUUUCACUCUGUCAUUUAGGUUAGUAUUGUGGAGUAACUACAAUGUUGUUGAUCCAUCCUCAGUUUUCUCCUAUCUCAGCCAUUAAACUUUGUAACUGUUUUAAAGUUACUAUUGGCCUCAUGGUGAAAUCCCUGAGCGGUUGUAGUGACUGGGUGUAUUGAUACACCGCCCAAAGUGUAAUUAAUAACUUCACCAUGCUCAAAGGGAUAUUCAAUGUCUGCUUUUUAUUUUGACCCAUCUACCAAAUAGGUGAGAAUUAAGAAGCUGAGAAUUAAGAUGGGUUUCCUUUAUAGAAAUAAAUCCUACCUUACUUUUGAAAACGAGAGGAAGAUUAUUCAAGCAUCCCUCCCAGUACUUGACUAUGGUGAUAUAAUCUACAUGCACGCAGCAGCCUCUGUUUUAAAACCUUUCGUACACAUCAUUGCCUUUUAUAUAGUUCUGUUGGCUACCAGAAGAGCCCAACAUUGGCUGCUAUUUGUGUAUAAAGCACUUCUCCAGAAACUCCCAUACUACCUCACCUCACUUCUUAAUUGGAAAUCCAGCCACCAUCAGACUCGCUCUCAAGACUGGCUGGUUCUAGACGUUUCGCAGAUCUCCACAGAGUCCGGGACUUUGAUGAGGAAUGUGCAGAAGGAGAACUGCACUUGUUUUGAUUGAUGUGUAAUUUUAUCUGCAGCUUUUGAAUUUGAAUGUGUAAUUGUACAUUUAUAGUGUUGUAUUGAGAUAGAUCAUGUUGGUUUAUUGUUCCCAGGGCACCCUUGUAAAUGAGACCCUGGUCUCAAUGGGUUUCCCCUGGUUAAAUAAAUGUAAACUAUUUUUUGGGGAAUCAAUCCACCUUGCACACCUUUUCAUAACAAUUUUACAACAGAUGACCUUCAGAUCAAAUGUUGCCAUUUCACACAAAGAAAGCACCAUUGACUCCUAGUGAAUAACUUUUUAUUUAACUAGGCAAGUUGAGUCAUCCCUUCAGUGCAUUUGUUGAUGAGAGGUUUGCAUGUUGUUGCUUUUUUAACAUUUGAUAGGAUUCUCUUAGCGCUCUGAUACUGCCUUAGCAUUAAGCGUUUUCUUGUGCAAUACACAUCCUGGAGAGCGAAAGAGAAACAGUGAUUCACCAACUACCAACUGCCAAUUCAACCCAUCAGUGGUGCAGUGACAAAAUUCCAGGUUUAUUGCAGAAAACAAAACAGCGCUGUAUAUGGAGAUAGCUAGAUACUCCCCUAAUAUUCAAGGGUAAAAUUUGAAGGAACAACCCUUGACAGUCUGACCCCAUUUUGAUUGAUGUUCAUUGCCUACAGCUGACUGUGUGUCUGUGUGUUUAUCUCUGUAGUCUGUUGGGUGACUAACUCCUCUCAUUCUACCUCUCUCUCUCCUUCCCUCCCUCCAUCCAGAGUCGAGCAGUAAGAGCGUAAAGACUGUAGCAGACCAGGAGGAAGACGAGGGGACGCAGUGGAGCUGCACGGCCUGCACCUUCCUCAACCACCCCGCCCUCAACCGCUGUGAACAGUGCGAGUUCCCACGGCACUUCUGAGCCACAAAGACGCCGACAAUACCCACAGCCCCCUACAUUAGAAAAGACUGUUUUUUCUUUCUUUUUCUAGUGGUAAGAAAAUGAAUGGACAGGGGUUUGUAGUUUUUUUCAUUUUGGGCCUGUUUCUUUUUCCUCCGAGGUUUGUAGAAUGCUAUCCACUGAAGGCUUGACUGGAUAGUGUUUACAGGUUGUGUUACUUUAGUAAGCCAGCAGAGUUGGAUGAUACCUCACCUUGGAGUCUCUGCAUGCGUGGGGUCACCCCCCUCUCCCUCCUCCUGCUCAACGCUCGGCAGGUGACUUUACCCCUGGGAAUGCCUCACUGCUUCCAUAUACAGUAUUAACAAAUUGUUGUCCUGCAGUGUGAUGGCACACACACACAAACACGUAAGCCAACAUGGGUGCCAACGUGCAUUUGCAGA